GGUAGUAGGCGGCUGAAAUUCUUUGGUAACCCUAAGCUUCCAAAACACAGCCAUGGUAUAGUGUCGUUUAGCGAAAAUAAAGACAACGCUCGGUAGUAAUUAAGACAACACUCGGUAGUUUUAGGAUGAAUACCAAUUUGAAGCACUGGAAGGAGGCGGCAACUCUUAUUUUAGUCGCAGGCCACAGGCUCGGUGCAGACUGUUUAUCGGCAAGGACACCGGUGACAGCCGCCCGCGGUUCUCCGCUGGGCAGCUCCGGACGGUCACAUCUGCCGCACGAGUCCUGCUUUGAUUACGACGUUUUACUGCUUAAGCGAAGCAGCAAAAGUGGAUUCAUGCCUAAUGCGUAUGUGUUUCCCGGCGGCAUGUUGGACUCUUCGGACUUUUCGAGUGAAUGGCUGGACAUUUUUACAUCUUUCGGGAACUUUCCUAAUUUUGGUUUGAGAAGUGUCACCCAGCCGGUGGAGACUAGACCUCCAAUGUUCGCCACAGACCGACUGAAACUAGGCUCUCCUAUCCCGGGAGAGGUCGCCUUCCGGAUCUGCGCCUUGAGGGAGACGUUUGAGGAGUCCGGUGUGCUCCUGGUUGUGUCUAAAGUGGAAGAGAAAAGUUUGUUAAAAAACAUAGAGGACAGGUGUGCCACUGAUCAAGUACCACACAACAAAGCAAGUGAUCUGUGCAGCAGUGAACUCACCAAGUGGAGGGCUCUGGUGAACCAGAACUCCUCCAACUUCAUCAGGAUGUGCAGAGAGUUGGAGGUGUUGCCCAACAUCUGGGCUUUACAUGAGUGGAGCAACUGGCUGACUCCCACCGGCCGAUACGGUGUGACGAGGUUUGACACAGCUUUCUUCAUCUGCUGCCUGCAGGAGAUCCCCGACACACUUCAAGAUGAAAAGGAAAUAGUGCGCUUUCAGUGGUCCACACCCUCAGAGGUCCUCCAGAGCUACCAGGCACGGGAGAUAUGGAUCGCCCCUCCGCAGUUCUAUGAGCUCAGCCGCAUGUGCCGCCUCCCUUUGCUAAAUGACCUCCACAACUUCUCUAGCCAGCGGGCCACAGAGGGCUGUGAACAGUGGCUGCCUGUGGUUUACCUAAAAGAUCAACACUACAUAUCACUGCUGCCGGGUGACAAACACUACCCGUUGGACACUUUAGGAGCGUCUGAGGUGGGUACGAGCGCAGACCCUCAGCUGGAGGAUCCUCAGGACGACUCUGCACUGCACCGCCUUGUGAUCAUAGAUCCCUCCACUAUAACUCUACAGAUCACCAUCACACCCAAGUACAAACAUCUGCUACCUGUUGUAGAGCAAACGUUCCCACGUGACUCAGAAAGUCAGCUUUGACUUGCACUACGCUGGACAAGCCCCACAACUCUUCUGUGCACAUGUUGUGAAGCAAGACAAGUUUACUACUCUGAUAAUAUCAGAUGGCAACCAGAUGGCAAACUGGUUAGUUUAACUUGGUCGCUAAUGUUAUUAUGAAUUCACGCAGUUUAAUCAGAAGACAUAUUUCCUAUCUCAUAACUGUCUGCUAACCAUUGCUGUUUGUGGAAGAGUUUUUACUCCGACGUAAACUAAAAUUGAAUGGUGCCACACGGCUAUAAGCUGUGUCUCCGUCCCCACAAAGGUCAGCACUGUAUCAAGACAGCUUGCUGUGGAUUAACAGAGCAAAUUCGCCUGUCAAAGUUCAGCAAGGUCAAACUCUAUGUGGACCAUUCUCGUGGAUUAAUUUUGCCUCCUUGUGCCGAUCCUUUGAUCACGGUAAUUCUAUUGGAAUUAAUUUUGCUGAAAAAUAUUUGUUGGCAUGUCCUGGCCUUAAAGCUGGGACAUUGUGACACAUGUACAAUACCAGGACUCUGAAACUGAAGCAGCUAUAAGGAAUUCCCUCAUCAUAAAUUUUCUCUAUGAUUUUUCUACCUUGACAUGUCAAAAUGUAUUAAAUGGAAAAGGCUUAUUGUUACCUUGUCAAUGACCAAUGACUGGUCUUAACCAGACUGUGUUCAUGACUCCAGGUCCAUGUUAUGUCACAGUCAUUGUCAUCAGAGAGAUUUUAAAUUAAAUUAGUUUGAUUUAUUGGGAUCUCCAUUAGCGUGGGCCAUAGCCACAGCUAUUCUUCCUGGAGUCCAUACAGAGAUCUGUUGUUCGAUUUCUUAUGAAAUGUGCUGAUUACGAAUGAAUAUUACAUUUACAUAUAUAAUUUAUUGUGUCUAAGCAGUUGCCAGGUGGGGGCCCACAAUUACAAGACACACAUACACUUACUAUAAAAAGGAAAACUAUGGUUACAGUACCUUAAAAGCCCUCAUCUAAACUUUGUAUUGAUCUAAGCAAAUGUGAUGCAAGAUGCAGUAAGGGGGGGGGGGGUCAGGUUGCACUGCAGGGCUUCACCUUUGGGUGUCUACCUGCUCACAGCAGUGUCUCCCAUGGCAAAUUGAUAACUCAUAGAAAAUAAUCUGUCGAAUGGAUUGUUCCCUGUGGCUGCCAUUUAUAAAUUAAUUUAUUAUUAAUCAGAUCAAUGUAUUAAUUAUUAA